CGGGGCAGGACGGCAUGCUGCGCGCCCGCAAGCUCAAGGCCGCCCGGCUCAAGCGCACCAGCCUGGCCGAGGAGGCGCACGAGGGCUGGGGGAGGGCCCUGGAGUUCGACCCGGACGCCGGGGUGGUGUUCAGCGCCGGGGUCGACGAGACCCUGCGCGCCUGGCGGUACAGCGGCGGCGCGCUGGCUCCGCUGGCACUCGUCGAGGGCGCGCACGCGGAGGGCGCCGCCUCCCUGUACUUCGACGCCGCCUCUUGCAGACUCUUCAGCGGCGGCGCCGACGGCGCCAUCCGGGUGUGGCGGUGGACCGCAAGCGGCAGCAGGCUCGAGCCCUUGGGGGGCCUCGAGGAGGCACACGUCGGCUCGGUGUCCGCCCUGCAGCUGUACGCCGCGACGCAGGUGCUGGUCAGCGCGGGGAUGGACGGCGCGAUCUCCACGUGGCGCGUGGCUCCCGACGGCGGGGCCCUGACCCCGCUGCCCGCGUGCCAGCGGGAGUGCCACAAGGGGGUGCUGGCGCUGCAGCUGCACGGGCCCUCGCGCACGGUACUCAGCACGGGCGUCGACGGGGCGGUCAGGACGUGGCGCCUGGAUCCUCGGGGCGAGACGCUGGAGUGCCUGUCUGAGAUGCCGUCGGCGCACAGCCGGCGCGUGUUCGCGAUGAGUGUGGACCAUGGGUGGCCCACGCCCGUGGUGGUCACCGGGGGCGCCGACGCGGCGGUGCGCGUGUGGCGGGCGUCCGAGAGCGGAGAGCUGGAGCUGGUCUCCUCCUGCGACGACUGCGGGCAGGCCGUGAUGGCGGUGGCGCUCGACGCCGCCUCGGGCGUGGCUCUCAGCUCCGGCAUGGACGGGGAGAUCAAGGUCUGGCGCUUCGGCGCCAGGCAGCUCAGCCCCGAGGCCGCGCUCCAGGGUGUGGACGCGGAGAGCCGCAGCGACGGCAUCCUGAUGCUGCGGUGGCACGCGGCCUCCGAGGUGGCGCUCAGCAUCGGCGUGGACGGCGCCCUCAGGGCCUGGUCCGUGGAGGUGAGCGGCUUCGCCCGCGUCGCCGCUAUCCAGGCCCACCACGGCUGGUGUCGGGACAUGCGGUUCGACGGGGCGUCGGGCUUGGCAGUGAGCUGCGGCGACGAUGGCGCCAUCAAGAUGUGGAGCGUGUCAGGCAGCAGCGUCGUGGAGCUCGCUGCCGCGUUUGGCGCCCACCCGGACGGCGCUCGGGCGCUGCUUAUCGACGGCAAAAGGGGGGUGGUAGUCAGCGCUGGCGACAAUGGCGCCAUCAGAGCCUGGCGGCUGCAGGUGGGGUCUCUGACCCCGCUGACCACUUUCGAGACCGCCCACGACAUGACCAUUCUGAGUCUGCAGCUGGAUCACGCCGCCGCCGCUGCCUCCGCGGCAGGCCAGGAAGAGCACCACCCGGGGCAGGCGGUGAUGCUGAGCGCCGCGGUCGACGGGACCAUCAAGGCCUGGCGCAUGGAGGCGGAGGGCAGCGUGCUGCGGGAGGCGGCCUGCAGUCGCCACGGCGACGCAGACGCUCAGAUGGCGCUGGCGCUCCACUCGGAGUCCGGCACGGUGAUCAGCGCCGGCAUGGACGGGUCGAUACGCGCGUGGCGCUUGGCCGGCGGCCAGAUCGUGCCGCUGGCGGUCGCCACGGAGGCCCACGGCGGCUACGUCCGAGGCCUGCAGUACCACAGCGCCAGCGGCAUCGUGGUCAGCGCGGGCGAGGACGGCGCGAUCAGGAGCUGGCGGCUGGCGGGCGGCGAGCUGACUCUGGAGGCGGCGGUCCCGGAGGCGCACGCGGAGGGCGUCUGCUCCGUGCACCUCGACGAGGACCAGGGGCUGCUGGUGAGCGGCGGGGACGGCGGCGACGUGAAGGCCUGGCGGGUUGGCGGGGGCGCCCUAGAGCUGCUGGCCGCGCUGCCAGGCGCCCACGGGGGCGGCAGCUGCCGCGUGCAGGUGCUCCCGCGCGGCUGCUGCGCGGAGCCCGAGGCGCCGGAGGUGGGCGACGCCGCCGCGCUGGUGCAAAGCGAGGACCUGCCCGCCGGCCCCGCGGUCCUCAGCGCUGGAUCGGACGGCGCGCUGCGCCUCUGGCGGCUCUGCGGCUGCGAGCUGCGCCCACUGCUGGCCGCGGAGGACGCGCACCCGGGCGGCGUGCUGGCGCUCCACGUGGCCGGCCGCAGCGGCGUGACCGUGAGCACCGGGGUGGACGGCGGGAUGAAGGUGUGGCGCGUCGAGCGGGGACUGUUGACGCCAUUUGUGGAGGUCCCGCAAGUCCACGGCGGCAAAGCGCUGGCGCUGCAGUUCGACGCGUCCACGAACACCCUGAUCAGUGCGGGGGCCGACAAGACCAUCCGGACAUGGAGGCUGAGGGAGGGCGCGCUGACCCCAGUCACCGCCGCGGUCGACUCCAAAGAGAAGGUCUUCCAGGCCUGCCCCGUCAUCCGCGGAGCUCCCCGGAGGCACACCAAAAGUUUCUAGCCGUGACGCUCGGCUGCGACCGUCUGGCCCAUCUUCCAUUGACCACCCAUGGCCUCUGCCUCAGGGGAGGAAAAGGUACCGACACCGCCGCCCUUCGCCCGGUUUCCCCUUCUUCGGCCUCUUGGGAGGCGCUCGCCGCCGCUGCUGGAUUCGUGUCGAAAUCCGGGUCCGAACGCAC